AUGGGAAAUUUUUCGUCAACUGACCAUAUUCUUGAUGAAGAAACAGUGACUGGUUACGUGGAAUUAACAUAUUUAAGAAAAAGUGAAAUACAGUAGUGAGUAAUUAUUUAUAAAAAUACAUAAGUUUUGUUAUUACAUAGUACAUAUUACAUAGUUAUUACAUAAUUAAAAAAUAUAAUUAUAUUUUACAAUAAUAUUAAAAGUUUUAUUAUUGUAAAACACUUUUAAUAAUUUUUUUAAAUGUUUUUGUCUCUUUAAUAUCUGUAAUUGUAAUUACAUAUAGAAUUAAUAAAAAUCAUACAUUAAAAUUAUGUUAAUGUUUCAAUAUCACAAUUUAUAUUAAUAAUAUUAUUAAAAAAAGAAAAGUGAAUUAAAACAAACAUUUGAUACUUUCAUUAAAGUUUAUGUCUAAAAUUCUAAAUUCACUUUUUCAGCAUUAUUAAGUUACUUGACAUUGUAAAUCCAGGAAAACUUCGUGAGAAUAUUCAACAUCGUUUCACCAUUGAUGAAAUUAACAGCUUAUUACCACAGAUAAGAUGCAGUCCAUUUCGUGAUUCAAUAUUUCGAGUAUUUUCUUCACAAAGAGACAAUCGUUUAAGUUUGGAAGACAUAUUGGACUUAUGUUCUGCUUUUUCUAAACAUUGUCCCCACAACGUUCGUGCUGCUUGGGCAUUUUACAUUUUUGACUUCGACGGCGACAAUCAAAUCUCAUUGGACGAUUUGAUCGAAGCUGUGCACAAACUGACAUGGACCGACCAGGAUGAACAUGAAAGCAUUGAUAAGGCGGAAGCGGAACGCAUCGCACGAAUGGUAAGUUUUGAUAGUAUUUAGUGCUACAAGUUUAAAUUUAAUUCUAAAGAUGAUAAACGUAACACAGAAAACGUUUCAAUUAUCGUCGAUUAUCAUUAUCAUUAUAUAUUAUACGAUAUCAAUAUAUCAUUGCUUUCAUUUCUGUAUAAAUAUUCUCAAACAAAUCUGACAGCAAUAUAAUUUUUCUUUCUACAUUUAUGAUUUAUAAUUGAUUCAAAUUUGAAAUGGAUUUAAAUUACAAUUAAUUAAGUGUUUUAAAUCAGAAAUGAUUUAAAGAUGUAAGAAUUUUAUUUACUUUAAAGCAAUAAAGAAUUAUUUAAUAAUAGUAAAAGAUUCUUCAAUAAAAUGCUAUAUAUUUUUAAUUCUUUAAUAAAAUAACAGAUGUUUGCAUAACUUCUAACGUAAGAUCAUUUGACAAUGAAUAAAGAAACCACGAAAUAAAGUCUAAUAACAAGUGCAUUGAUAUGUUUAUCUGCCUUAACUCAAGAUUACAAUAUUUACAUUGAAUAUUUCUUUUCAUUUUUGCUAAGUAGUAUUACUUUUGGAUUAAAUAUUAUAUACAUUUUGUAAUUUUCUUAGUAUCACUUACAAUUAGUAUUGCCUUUAUAUUAAUCAAUAUACACAUUUUAUGAUUGAUUAUAUAAUUCGUUUUGCAACUUUGCUUUAUAAAAUAUUAUCCAAAGAAAACUCUGAUCGUAAAAUUCAAAAUUAGUACCAAUUUUAUAAUAUAAUUUUAAGAUAUCAUGA